AUGCCUACUGAGCUUGAGGAACUUGUUGAGUUCCUCCAUCAUGGCAACACGCAAAUCCGACAAAUUGCUGCCGAGAACUUAGUUGGAUACUCCACGGCACAACCAUCUCUCUUCAAAUACAAUCAAUUGGAGCCCAUCAAAGACUUGAAACUCCUCAUCAAAGACUAUCCGACAAUAGCCAAGAAUGCUCUCACAAUCCUCGUCAAUGUCUCGGACGAUGUCGAAGUCCUUGACAAGCUAUCGACGGAUGAUGGCUUUCUGAAAGCGUUGCUCAAGAAAGUGACCGACAAGAACGAACCCAAUGCCAACGAAUUGUGUAUGCUCCUCGCAAACAUGGCCAAAGCAGACAACAUUACCAAGCUUUUAAGUCUGGAGCGGGAGGUCCCCAGACCACUGUCCACCUCACCUAUCGCAAUCGAUCAGCUUCUGGACUGUUUCGUCAAGGGUGCCAGCAAUUCCUACAACAAAGACGCCGACUUUGACUACCUUUGCUACCUCUUCGCAGACCUAGCCAAACACGAGGAAGGUCGGAAACACUUUCUCACACCACGUGGAGAAGGUGACGGCGAACACACUGAGAUGGUCAUCCCACUCACCAAGCUUGUCGUCUUCACAGAGCAUAACGCUGCCAUUCGUCGCCGAGGCGUAGCCAGCACAAUCAAGAACGUCUGCUUUGACAUUCCCGCACAUACCACACUUCUCGAUGCUUCUGGUGUGAAUCUGCUUCCMUAUAUCCUUCUUCCUCUGAUGGGCUCGGAGGAAUACGCAGACGAGGACACGGAUGGUAUGCUCGACGAAUGCCAACUACUCGAUCCGGAUAAGGAGCGAGAGAAACUACCUGAUAUCAUUUGCAUCCACCUUGAGACUCUGCUGCUUUUGACAACUACUGCUGAGGGGCGGAAACGAUUGAGAGAGGUCAAGGUGUAUCCUAUAGUAAGAGAACUGCAUUUGCAUGUUGAGGAUAGCGGUGUUAGGGAAGCAUGUGAUCGGCUGGUGCAGGUCUUGGCGAGAGGAGAAGAAGGAGAUGAAGGAUAUGAUGCGCCGCAGCCGCCCAGCGGUCCAGUGGUCGAUGCUGGAAUUGGCGCUGAGGAUGACGAAGAUGAGCAGAUUGUGGAUGUCUUAUGA